AGGACCGACGCCCGGGCGCUGCUCCUCCUCGCGCUGCUGGCCACCUCCGGGUUCGUCGGCGUCGCGCGCGCGGCCGCCGCCGACGACGACUUCGAGCCCCCCGCCGCGCGAGCGAAGCCCGCCGCGGACCCCGCCGUCGCCGCCAAGGGCACCGUCGCCACGGCCAAGACCGACGGGGGCAAGCGCGGCGCGUACGAGGAGGUCUCCUUCGUCCUGGAGCACUCGCUCGUGGUCGGACCGGGCGACGCGUCCGCCGCGGACUUUACGCCGUGCGGGGUCUUCUCCGCGCGAGCGCACACCGCCCCCGACGGCGUCUCCGUUCGACUCUCGCACCUGCGGCUGACGCGCGAUCCAAUCGACGAAAACUUCGCCGAAAAAUUCGACGCGCUCGUCGCCGCCGACCUCGUCUACCGCGUCCGCGUCCACUCCAACGUGCUGCACCCGGUGGAUGGGGAGUACACGAUGGCGUACCUCCCGGCCCGGUGCCUGGCGGACGCGGGUUUGGCGGAGACGUUCGCGCUGCACACGGACGAGCGCGGCGGAGUGAUCGGCGUGGAUUACUCCACCGCGGGGGGCGACUGCGUGAUCGACCCGGAGCAGUCCGCUGGCUUGCCGCCCAAGCUGGCGGGCGCCGCUUCGCAAGGGUCCAUCGCGUUCAGGUCCACGGCGCAGGUGAGGUUCUACAAGCUCGCGCCCGCGCUCGACCCGGACGCUCCGACGGAUCUUCGCGGUCACGGAGGUCCGGCGACGAAGCAACGGCAGGAGGAGCACCGGCGGCGGAAGGAGAGCGGGGAGCCGAGGGAGAAGGGGAAGAAGCCCGUCAAGGAGAAGACGUUCUGGGAGAAGAACUGGAUGUACAUCGUGCCCAUCAGCUUUCUGGUGUCCAACGCGCUGAGCGCGCCUCCGCAAAAGGCGAAGAGGGGAUGA